AUGCCACCCAAAGCAGCCAAAGAGAAGGCGGUCAAAGGCGAUGAGGCAGAAGAAAUGGUGUUGCAAUAUCUCAAGUCGGUCAAUAGGCCAUAUAGUAGUACCGACGUCUCGGCCAACUUGAAGAACAAAGUCCCUAAACCUGCCGCACAGAAGAUCAUGUUAACUCUAGCGGAACGAGGCGAGAUAGUGAAGAAAGAGUACGGCAAACAACAAGUCUUCGUGUACAAUCAGAAUAAUUUACCUGUUUUAUCGGGUAAACAGAUGAACACGAUUGAUACGGAGCUCAAAAAAGUUCAAGGGGAGCUAGAAGAGAAGAGGAAAGAGUUGAAAGAUUUACAAUCUCAGCUUUCAUCUAAAAUGGCUUUACCAAAGACGAAAGAUCUAGGAAAAGAUAUAGAGAAUCUGCGGGCGGAGAACGACUUAACUACCAAAGCUUUAGCUCCGUAUCGAACCACAGACAGUGGUCAACCGGCUGUCUCGCCUCUGACGAAAGACGACGCAAAGAGGAUUGAUGAUGAGUUUGUGAAAUGGCGAAAAGAAUGGGUGGAUCGAAGGAAGGUGUAUAAAGAAGCCCUGGGAGCUCUUUGUGAUGGAGGAGCAAUCGAUUCUGUCCCCGCAUUUGAAGAAGACCAAGGAAUAUCUCCCGACGAUGAAGAAAGCAAAGCGGUGGAAGAAGGAGAUUUUUGCAAACCUCAGGUCACAAUCAGAUCCAAGAUUGUACAACGAACCACCACCGUUCCUACCGCCAAACGAACCACUAGCGCUUCCGCAUCUGCCGAAGGACCGAAGACGAAAAAGGGAAAGAAAGCAUAUAUUCUCACGACCUAUGACGUGUUGACCGACGGUCUUGGUGUCAAACCAUCGGAUCCGGUAGCCGGUAGCCGCUCGCGCUUCAUCUGGACGACGGUAUCCUGGGAUUCUUUCGGUACUUUUUAUGAGCAGACAGAGAUUGACCACUCUCUCACUUGCAACUUGGUAUAUCCAAAUGUAUCAAUCCCAGUUUCCCCACUUCAUAAAUCUCAACACUUUUCAAAACUCUUUAUUCAAGCCAUACAGUAUGCAACAUGCAACAUUGACCAUAAGGAGAAAAUAACCGCCGUAGAGAACGGGAGAAAAUUCUAUUUUUCCUUUAAAAAGCUUGAAAAGCAAGUCCGAGCUCCGACCCUGAACCCUGAAAUCCUCUCGAGUUGCGCCCUCCGAUUAGAAAUGACGUGUACGCCAUCAUUCACGGUGCUUCAGUAA